CCUCAGCAAAUUGAGCAACACGGCAUCCCAUAGUAUAUAUAGAAGAUAAGAAUUCCGGAGGGGUCUCAUCCCAGGAGAUAGCCGAACAAGAAAGUCCCCCGGUACAUUGUAUUAGAAACACGUGAAAAGCUCCUCGAUAGUUACAUUGUACUGUGACUUUGGUGGGAUUUUCUCCAAGCAAACCUUCUGCGUUAAUUUGACUGCAAAAUCCCUCCAUCAGUUCCAAACAACACUAAACUGGCCUUUCUUGAUCAGGUAGACGAUGUGGAUCUCUCUCAGCACCCUCACCCUGUUCCUGAUCCUGGAGAGAGGAUGCCAGGGUGCCAGCGAGGUGCCAAAGAACCAGGAAGAGGUUCUGACUUGUUCGGAGACCUGCUACCCUCAGGACUGCGGAGAUUUGGCCUCUCAGGGGAAAAAAGCAGAUGGAGUUUAUCUGAUAUAUCCUGGAGGGAAAUCCUCAAAUCCCGUCCCUGUAUACUGUGACAUGUCCACCAAGGAUGGCCCCUGGACGGUUUUUCAGAAGAGGUUUGAUGGACAAGUGAGCUUUUAUCGAGGCUGGAAAGAGUACAAAGCCGGGUUCGGAAGAGUGGAUGGAGAGUAUUGGUUGGGUUUGCAGAAUAUCUACCUCUUAACCCUGAAAAAGAGCUAUCGUCUCCGAAUCACCUUGGUGGAUUGGGAUGACGUUGAACACUUUGUAACAUAUGAAGACUUUGCCCUCUCCCGUCUAGCGGUUGACCCCGAAGAAGAUGGAUACAAACUAUACUUGGAGGGGUUUAAAGAGGGCGAUCCGACCAAACCUACUGGGAAUUCCUUGGUCGGUCACAUUGGGAUGAAUUUCUCCACACAUGACAACGAUAGAGAUAUCUAUACCGGCGGUAAUUGCGCCACGAUGUAUCAUGGCGCAUUUUGGUACAACAAAUGCCAUGGUGCCAACCUGAAUGGAAGAUAUCUAAAUGGUACCACUACGGAGUAUGCUACUGGUGUGGUUUGGGCCUCUGCCAAAGGAGCCUUCUAUUCAUUUAAGAAGACGACGAUGAUGAUAUCUCCAUCUGUUCCGAAAGCCUGAAGAUAUCAUUGGCCCCACCAAAUUCCUGAAGACUGGGCCACGUGUCUGCACAGAUCACUUAUGCAUCAAUAAAAAUACUAAAAUAUCUAUAUCUA